CCGGGGAUUUCUCUGCUUCGCCUAAUGACAAAGCAAAAGCUCUCACGCGCCCCAUGUGUUCCCAUUUCUCCUCUCUCUCUAUCUAUCUCGAAAAAUUCUUCACUUUCCCAUAUUACACAACACUCUUCGCAAAUAUACAGUGCUCUAGAGCGAGAAAAAAAGAAAUCCGACUCUAAGAUUUACCUCGUUACACUCAGAUCUGAAGAAGAAACUGGAGAGUGAAAAGGCGGUUGUUGUGGAUUCGAAAAAGUUCGUUGUAUGUGUUUGAUGCGUGGGUAGGGUUUACUGAAAUUGAUUUUGGUUUGCUCAGAUUUCGCUGGUUUCGGAGGCGAUCUAAAGUUUACGGUCGUUUAAUAUACAUUUAAUAUUUUACCGGAGCUGUGAUUUUGUUCGGAUAGGAGUUUGUUGUAGUUCUGAUUAAGAAGAGUUAGGAAAGAAGCGGAAUAAAACAGAGUUUACUCACUAAGUUGAUUUGAGAUGGAGACGCUAGUUGUUGCUGCUCAUCAUAGGAAUCACCAUCAGCAUUAUGGUAGGAAUCGUUGUCAUGAUUCGACGAAGUUCGGUUCAUUUGGUUCAGCGCCAUCAGAGAAUUUUAGAGGGAUUAGUUGCCGGACAUUUCAGUCCGGAGCAGGGUUACUCCCAACACCUUUGAGAUCUUACUCCAACUCUUCCACUAAGAAUUCCUUAUCUGCUCCCUUGUCACCCAAAACCCCAUCUCCGUUUAAUGAAAACAAAAAGAGCCAAAAUGUCAAAAGCAGUUCGGUUGCUAUCCCUAUUAAGAUCAAAUUUGAAGAUGAUAGCAAAAUUCAUUUCUCUGAGCGCUGGGCUGGGCCUGCUUAUUCGAACUCCCCUCCGCCAAGUUCAUUACCUUUACCUAAGUUCACAAUGCUCCCCAAAAGAACUGUUUCCCUUGACUUGCCUACCUUGGUAUCAGAAAUCGAUAUGCGCCCAAUUGCCAAAUCUGCACCUGCUUCGCCCACCAGGGGCCGCAGCCCGUCACCUGUUGGUCUUUUCUAUCGCAGUUCUCCUAGCAACCUUUUUGAACUCCCUUCAAUGAGAGAUACAUUUGACUCCCCUUCUUUUGGCAAUCCGUUAGACAGGGCUGACUCUGCGACAAAGACCCUCCGUCGCAUCCUUAAUCUUGAUGUUAGCAAUGAAUGAGGAGACUUGCUGAGUUUGCUCAGUGGUCCUGUAUAUAAGGAAGAAGUUUACCUGCUGUUUUAGGUGGUUAGUUGUAGACUGUAUAUAAAGAAUAAGGUCUAUCUGUAGGCUAGCUUGCCUUUGUUACUCUGUGGUUAGAAGUGGUGGUGUUUGUGCAGUUCCUGAAAUGUGAUGGUUGGGUUGGUUGACUUUCUCUAAGGUGUCUGGAUAUUGGUAUUUCUGUUUGGAUGGGAUUGGUUGAUUGGUAUGUGUUUCUGUUUGGUUGGUCAGACAUGGAUAUGUUGCCUGUAAAGUUAGUGGAAGACAGGGAAUGGUGAGCUAUAUGGUGGAAUGGUAUUGGAUAGUUCUAACAUGGUUGUUGAUUGCGAUUGAUAAGCUAAAUACAUAUCAACUUGGGAAUGCUUCUUUCUGUUGGAUUAGCUAUUAAGCUCUAUCCAAAUUAGAUUCUGGGUGGCUCAUUCUUGCUUUACCUAUUCCCCUGUUACAUUCGGCUCUUUCUUACUGCAGCUUGUAUAUAUUUUAGAAUCCUAAUUUGGUUAAGCUCUCUAGCAUUUACCUCUAUCUCCUUCUUACCCAAUAUUGGAGUAUUAGCCUUGACAUUCACCUAACCUCCAUACCUUUCUGUUUUCUCCUGUGUGACUCUAAAAUUAUGUCUCCUAUAGUCCUAUAUCUUAUCAUCACUUUUCCUUCUCUGCCGUUAUUGCUUAAUUUAAGUUUCAUUUUGAAAUAGUUGCUGACCUCUUCUUUGCAUUGCAAAGAUGUGGAUUACCCUUUGCCAUAUUUUCUGGUUUUUGAAUAGAAAAGUGGGAAGGGAAAUCAAACUAGGUUAUCUUCUCUCUCGUAGUUGUUAGACUUUGUCCAUGUUGAGCUGGCUCUGGUGAGUUUGCUCAUGUCUCUUUGCUGAAAGUGGGUUGAGCAAGGAUCUGUCAACAUUAAUGCUUGGGGUUUGACGGACAUUGUGGUAUGUUUUGUGAGCUUUUCCUGCGGCUUUCUGGAUAUCUAGAAACUACAUUUCUUUGUUGGGCAAGUUUCAUCAAAACAGGCUGUUUACAGGUAACAAUUGACACAAUUUUGUGCUAUAUUUAUCAUAUUUUUGACGACAUAUAGAUUAAAUACAUGCAUUCUUUACAUUGCAGUGGUUCCAGGAGUUGCUGAUGUGAGAAAAUUGUUUCAGUUGGAUUUAUCAAUACCUGGCCUCAGUAGACGUGCCCCUUACUGAGAUGUAUCAAAUUUUAGUUAAAUUACCAUAGCUUUCCUUUACUGUGCUAGUUUACUAUACUUGAGGUAUUCUACAUUGUCUUUGAUGUCUCAUAUUAAUGUAGUGAACAAUAUUGUCUGGUCGAUAUUUCAUUGUCUUGUUAGACUCUUUUACUUUGGACGUCAAUGUUCCUUGAAUUCUCUUAUGCUGUUAUAUACAUAUCUACUUCUUUUCUA